AUGGCAACGACCACAACACUGUUCCGAGUGUUCUUGCGCCGUCAAACACUCGGAGCCCAAGGAUUGCGAAAUCGCUUGGCACAGCAGCAACAGCGCCGCGCCAACUCCAGUUCCGAAGUACCCAAGCCGAAGAGGGCAGAGGAUCCUAUUCCCGUGCCAAACACCAUCACCACAAUCCCGUUAUGGCAGCGUCUCGGGCCCUUGACCCGCGCCGGGGAGGGUUAUGCCCGAGCCCAGCGCAAGAGGCCUCUGACGACGCAGUUCAUCAGCUCCUUGGUCAUCUAUUUUUGCGCCGACCUCUCGGCCCAGAACAUGAGCGGCAACGACUACAACCCAGAACGGACGAUGCGCUCCCUGAUCAUUGGCGCCAUUUCUUCUAUUCCCAGUUAUAAAUGGUUCAUCUUCCUCUCCCAGAACUUCAACUAUGCCUCGAGGCUCCUCUCGCUGGCCACAAAGGUCGUGGUGAACCAGGUGUGCUUCACACCCGUAUUCAACUCGUACUUCUUCGGCAUGCAGGCGUUCCUUGCUGGAGACAACUUCGACCAAAUCAUCGACCGCAUCCGACAAUGUGUGCCGGUGAGUAUUGUCAACUCGUGCAAGCUGUGGCCUGCCGUGACGGCCUUCAGCUUCUCUUUCAUCCCGAUGGAAUACCGCAGCGUCUUCUCGGGCGUGAUUGCUGUCGGAUGGCAGACCUAUCUGAGUUUCUUGAACAGACAGGCUGAGGUCGUCGAGGAGGCAGAGGAAGUACAAGAGAGAUCGCAUGCGGUGCCGGCCAUCGCUGCUCACGAGAGUUCGGUAAAGAUGGAGGCUUGA